UAAUAUAACGUAAUUGAGAAUAUUUAAAUCUAUUACUAAAAAAAAAAUAUCUUAAAAUACUAAUGUACUAAAUGUAGCGGUGACGUCAUAGAAUGACGUCACUGACACGUCAGCGGUGAUCUGCCUUCCUACAUUACAAGAGAAUAUAUCGUUACACAUGGAUUAUGUUCAAAGUCCAUUCGGUUGAAUGAAUUUAUAAUGUUUUGGAUAUGUGAAAAUAUAUGAUAAUUGUAAGAUCUAUUAAAUCAACGAAUAAAUAUAUUAAAUGAUUCCAUUGCUCUAUGAUCGUGUAUCAUUUAUGUUGAUCGAGGAAGUGUAUUUAUUCUUGUGACGUAAGAAAUGUUGCACGAGUUUACUAAGGAAAAAAAAAAAAUGUAAAACAAUUGAAGUCUCAAGAAGGAAAUAGAAAAAAGAGAGCUCGAGAAGGAAUGAAAAGGUAUCGAAGGCACAAAGUGUGAUAGUCACGUUGCAAGAAGAAGUAGAAGAUUCGAAAAAAAACGUAAAAUUAUCUGCCGCGCCUCUUGGUGCUUUUACAAAGAGACGACGGUAGAAGUGGCGGUGAUAGUAGCGGUGGUGGCGGCGGUGGCGGUGGCGGCGGCUGCGGCGGUGGCAGCGGCAGCGGUAGUGGUGGGGACAACGAUGGCGAGGGACGUGGAUGGUCGCCAUUUUGAUGGUGACGCGCACGGCGCAGCUCGGGUUCCACCAGUGACGAAGCCACUGGAGUUUUGACGUGGCUGCUACGUACCUGCCUGCUUGCCCACUCCGAUUGCAGCAAAGUUGGUGACGAGAAAUACGUAACUGGUAAGUACCCAGCUGGAGAAUAAUAACAAGCGGACAUGGACCACUGCGCUAACGGGCUCCAGGUACCCAGGCUAUGGAAAGUAUGGUCGAGGAAAAUGGAUCGGCCGUUGACCCAUUAUCACAGGGUUCUCAAAGUGGUGAUGCAGCACCGGCAAUUGCAACAUCGGUACAGUCUCUCAAUAGAACGCCUCAACAGCAAACUCAUCAUCUGGUAGCUUCUACCAGCAUUGUGCAACUGACACUACCUUCAUCAGGAGCAACACAGGUUCAAUCUGUUAUACAACCUAACCAGCAGUCUGUAAUUCAGACAGCAACAAAUAUUCAACCUGUUGCUCUCUCCAAAGGAAAUGUUAUUCUUGUUAGUAAACCAAAUUCAGUCAUACAAACUGCUCAAGGCAGUUUACAAACGCUUCAGGUUGUUGAGACAGGAAGCGAUGACAGUUUUUCGGAUGAAGAAUCUCCGAAAACAAGAAGUAAUAUUCUCACCAGACGUCCAUCAUACAGAAAAAUUCUUAAUGAUCUAGGUGGCGGAGAAAUUACUGACGGUCGUUUGCCUCCCAUAGAAUCUUCUUCAGAGUGCGAUUCUAAUGUGGACAGUGAAGUGUCUUCCCACUCUCUUCAUUAUCAGACAGUAAUACCUGCUGGCACUAUUCAAAUUGCAACUCAAGGGGAGGGUGUCCCAGGGCUUCAUACGUUAACUAUGAGUAAUGCAGCAACGGCAGGUGGAGCUAUAGUAGAGUAUGCACAGGGUCAGGAUACGCAAUAUUUUGUCCCAGCUUAUCCAGGACAUGGUGUAGUCGUUGAAGAUGCAGCUAGAAAAAGGGAACUGAGGUUGCUGAAGAAUAGACAAGCAGCAAGAGAAUGUAGAAGAAAGAAAAAGGAAUAUAUUAAGUGCUUAGAAAAUCGUGUUGCAGUUUUAGAAAACAGAAAUCAGACUUUAAUUGAUGAGCUGAAGUCCUUGAAAGAGCUCUAUCAACAAAAAGCGGACUGAGGUUGGUGUUCAAUAUUGAAACACUGUAUCAAAAUUAUUAAUCGAUUAUGGAAUUUGUACAUGUUUUGUUUGUGUACAUUAUCCUAAGACAUUGUUAGAUAAACGAUGGUGAUGUACAUGCAUUCUUAUAGAUAAGCGUUCUGUAACAUACUGUAUUUAAGCAUGAAUACAAAGGCUUGUGAGACUUGCUAUUACUAAAGCGAGAAGCCAAAGGUACAUGAAAUGUGGAGGUAGGGAAUGUAUAGACAGAUAUUUGGGAAAUCAUCAUAUAUAUUUUGGAUAAAGAUGAUUAUAAAAUUCACACCAAUGUUCAUGCAUGGAGGGAAUGAAAAAAAUGUUAAUGUUCAAAAUGUACAAUCUACAGAGGCAGUAUGAUCGUGCUAUUUUGAGAUAAAUGAUGUGUUAAUGUAGUAUCACUGCAACCUUCCAUUUGUAUAUUAUAAACUAGAUGAUUGAAAGGUAUUGUAAAAAACAACUCAAUGGUUUUACAAAUAGUCAAUUUGUGAUAAAUUAGUCACUUACAUGAUUUUUUUGCUAUAUAUCUUAUAGGAAAAGAAUUCUAUAAAUAUAUCUAUAAAAUGUAUCAAAUGGGGCUAACAUAUUAUUUUAGAUCCGCAUUCGUGAUCAUUAUUUCUUUAAAAAGUAAUUAUUUACAUAUAUCUUCUUUGAAUUCAUAUUUUCUAUAGCCUCUUUUAACUUUUGGUAAUGUAUAUUAUUAUAUACAGUAUUCAUUGUAAAAAUUGAUAUAAUUUUUGUUUGAAUAAUUGGAAAUAUUUUUAUAAAAUAUGAUGGAUAGACAAGCUUAUUUCUUUUAGUUAUAAAAUAUUACAAUCUAUCUGUUAUAUUAAUUAAAUAUAUGUAAUAUAAUUCAUUAUCUUUUUCUAAAAACAAAAGGAAUAUAAGAGAGAAACAACAUCUACAAUGCAAGAAACUAUAUUUUAAAGAGUCAGAAUUUACAAAAAUGCAUAUUCUGUCUCUUUUUUUCUCCUCCUCUGGAUACUACAAGUGGAAAAAACUACUGGUUGAUAUAUGUAAAAUAUAAAUGUAAUAUAAUCUGGAGUGCCUUUACAAUUUCUGUGUACACAACAGUGUAUAUAUAUAUGUAUAUAUAUAUAUAUACAUAUAUAUAUCACACGUAUAAUAUAUAUAUAUAUAUGUAUAUAUAUAUGUAUAUGUAUAUAUAUAUAUAUGUAUAUGUAUAUAUAUAUAUACAUAUAUAUAUACAUAUAUAUAUAUAUAAAAUUAUUACGUUAUAAGAACACAGGAUAGAGAUAUUUUUAAAUUAUGUAUUACAACGUACUUUUAUGCACUUGACGUGUUAUAUAAGAUUCUGUUGAUGUUGGAACUUUCAUUCUGAUGUAUAUUUUCGCAUUUUUAAAUUAAGGACUACUAGCAUGAAUUAAAUAUUUAAAUAUCAAAGAGUAAUAAAUAAAUCUACUGCAUUAGUAGAUAUUGAUAAAACCACUUUCUCUUCAUAUUUCGUGAUCUCUGUCCAGUACACAAUUCUGUAUGAAUAAUAAUUAAUCUUUACAUAUAAUUAUUUAAGUAAUCUGAUUUGUGCUAUGCAAAAGAAAUAACUAAAAAAUAAUUAUAAUAAUCCUUACAUAUUUUCUAUUGUUAUUUGGUAUUAAUACCACAAAUCAUUUUACUUUACUACAUAUUAAUCAGUCAAAUAACUUUUAAUUUCUUUAAAAUUUAUAAUAUUCAUGCAAUAUUUAUAUAAAAAAAUGAAUUUCCUGCUAUAUUUGAUAUAAGAAAAAGUACAAUGUAUUCAUAGCACCAUAUAAAAAAAAGGAAAAAAGAAAAAAAAACAAAUAUGACUUGUAACAUAAGUUUCAUUAUUUCUUAUGUAUUAAAAAUUUAAUUAGAAAAGAUAUUCUCUCAUGCAGAUUAAUUAUGAGAUAUUGAUAAUAAUAAUCACAUGUAUAAUAUAUGUAUAUCUUGGUUGCUGCACCAAUAUUAUAAAAUAUUGUAUAUAGAUAAUAUAUGUAUUUUUACAUA